AGUGUGUGACUGUGUAUGUGUUUCAUAUUUCAAUCGUCUGUCCUGUCACUGUAUUGUACACUGUACUCGAGUUUUGUUAUUUCGUCGUUGGUUUCUCCCGGUAUUGAUGAUUUCCAUUUUAGGAAAUCUUUACUCUUAGUAUGUUAAUUAAGAAAUCAAAGAAGCAGUUGGCUGGUACUACACUAAAAGCAUUGUUAGCCUUUGAAGUUGUAGGUUUUGUCGGGUCAUACGCACUCUGGCAUCGCAUGAAUGUAUCUCAAGAUUUUAGGUACUAUAUGAAUAAAAAUUUUCCAAAAAUUCUUGACGGCUAUUACUCUUUGGGAGAAAAAUUAAAUCCAUCUUUGGAAAUGAGAACUUUCGAUAAACUCACCUGGGAAACGAAAGUAAAUUUGGAAGCUUAAGAUUUAAUGGCGUUCUUUAAGUCUUUCAUCCCAUUAAUAUCUGAUGGAAGUUUAGGAUAUUUACAUUUAAAACAUAUUAAUCUUAGCAAGACCAAUGUAACAAAGUUUCUUCUUGGAGAGCAGGCAUAUCCAAUAUUACAAAAUAAACAACAAAGCAAUAAAAUUAUUAACCAGAGUAAUCACAUGCAUGAUAAUGGUCAAUUAAAAGAAGACGAGGAUUUUGAAGGUGCAAAAGUUAUAUAACAUUUAAUAAAAACAAUGGAUCCUCCUGUAGUGGAGGAGGGGAGUUUGCCUGACAGAAUUAACAAACGGGAUCGAGAGCGUAAGAUUAUAAUAGAAAAAAGGCGCGAGGAAAGGCAACAAUUAGCUGUAGAGUCUGAACAGUCUAGUUACUUUAAUGACACCUUUUAUUCUUCUUGUAGUAAAAUUAAAGAAUUACUAGAUAGCACAUCUGGCAUUUCUCCAGUCGCUCUUGCUGCUAUUUUUGAUAAAAUUAACAAAGAGAUCUUAACAUUGAAGAAUUAUUUGCAUCAAUCGAAAAUGUUUCUUAAAGUUUAUGACAUUAGAAAGGCUCAGGAAAAUCUUCAAAUAUUGGAAAAUGACGCAUUGGAAUUGGAAACAAAGCUUCUACCGAAGAAGAAGUUUGGAUUUAAAAAUCGAAGAGUUAUUAAAAAACCAUCAGAUGGUAAAAAUGAUGUCACUGAUGGACUGAAGGAUCUCCAAAUAACGGAAAGUAUAGUAAACGGUUCUGGAAACUCAAAAAAGAAGCUGUCCAGUAAGUACGGGGACAGCGCUUCCAUGUUACAAGGGAAAAUUGAUGAGUCAUUGACUCUCGACGCUGAAAACGUAAAUAAAAACGAUGUUCUUCUCACGGACUUAACCCGCUGCACAGUACGAAUAUAUGGUGCACCGAGUACUCUCCACAUGGUUAAUUUAAGGCAAUGUACUAUCCUAGUCGGUCCUGUUUCAUCCUCGGUUUUCGCUCAGGAUUGCAAAGAUUGUAAUUUCGCCUUCGCUUGUCAGCAACUUAGACUCCAUUCUUCAACAGACUGUUCGGUAUACUUACAUGUGACGAGCAGAGCAAUUAUAGAAGACUGUUCCCAAAUUCGUGUAGCGCCCUACAACUGGUCCUAUGAAGAUCAGAUGAGUCACUUCAACCUAGCCGGUCUUGAUCCCAAGAUCAACAACUGGAACUGUGUUGAUGACUUCAAUUGGCUUUCGAGUGAGAAGAACUCUCCAAACUGGUCUAUCCUUGAACCAGAAUCUUGGGUCAAAAGCUGGAACUGACGAAAAAAUGUAAAAAGUCUGUAAAGAUUGUUUAUUUAUCAAAUUGGAUUGUUUAACUGGUCCAGAGCUGUGAAUGUGAAAAAUUGUAAUGCAUCAUUUUUUCUACUCAUAUUUGUAUUUCAGAGAUUUUUGUCAAGGUAGUAAAUUAUAUGUAGCUUUUUAUCUAAUGUUAUAGUUCAUCACUCGUUCAUGUUCGCCAAUGAAUCUCAUAAAUCUUCAAUUUUUGAGAAAUGAUAAUUUUACAUUUCAUAUACAUAAAUUAGACGGAUUUUCUUUCAAUAAAGAUUAUUCACUUUCAAAAAUAAUAUUAUCAUUUAAAAUAUUUCAUUAAUCGCAAUUUUCAUAGUGAAUCAAAGUGUCGAGAGUAAAAUUAAAAUGAGUACGUUUAGAAAAUUAAGAAACACAUUCCGUCUUUAUGUAAGCCGCAUGUUUCUUACUUCGCGAAUCCGCUUUUUGUGUGGAUGCUUAAAAAGACAUAAAAAUUUUUCACAUUUGCCCCUCUACAUUUUUUCAUCAAUUUAAAAUGCACAUGUUAACAGAAUUGGUCUCAUAAAAAUUAUUUGUACAUACAUAUUAAAAGAGUACUUUUUUGUUUAAAUAAACCUGACAAAUGUUUAUCGUACUUUCAUACAGAUUUUUUUAAUAUAAUUACACUAUUGUACUAUCAAUUCAUGGUUAAUAUGAUAGAAUUGAAUACAAAUAAAUUUGAUUACAUUUUAUAGAAUUUCGAAUGUCGUCAAAAAAAUUGUUUUGUUGAUCUAAAUUUGAGCUUUAUACAAAAAUUAUUAAAACUGUUUUUAUAUAGAAUCUUUUAAAAAACGUACAUUUAAUUGUUAUUUAUUUUCGUUGAUAUUCUUUUUCUAAUAACUAGAUACAAAUUACUCUGUGAAUAAACGAUUGGCACUAUUUUUUGCUGAUAAUAAAAAAUGUAAUAUAUUGAUAA